GUCCCGCAUUACACCAUCAACUCGGCAGCCGCGUUGGGAAAAAAAGCAGUUACAUACCUUAUUCAAUUGAGCAGCCUUGGACGUGUCUGCCCCAGGGCAUGAAUCCUCGCCGCUAUCGCAAUUGUAAAUUUUGCGUCUAGCUAGGCUAGCUCGACUAUCCAUGGAUCUGGUUGCAACGAUUUCACUGGCGCACUGCUCGGCGAACAGGUUCUCGACGGCUCGACGGAAUACUCCGUACCUACCUUAGAUAACAAGCACUGGAAUCUAAGCUACCUUAACUCAGGUGGACAGGUACCUUAGUUUGUCGCACAACUCGCUUCUCAUCCCAUCAAUUGCUGCAGCAGAUUUGCACUUGUUGCCAGGAAAGUCUAGAGACAGGUCCAAUCCAGAUCCAGAUACACACCAGAUACGAAUACACGGAUGAAGACGCGCAAGAACCCACGAUGGCCUCGUCACAACCCAACAUGGAGAAGUUCCUCCGCGACUGGCGCCAAGACGCCCUCAACAAGGCCCAGUAUGAUUCCGCCAUCUUCAUUGGCGACAAGCUGCUGGCCAUGACAAAAGACGAUAAGGAUGCUUUCUGGCUGGCCCAGGUCCAUUUUGCUGCCGGCAACUUCACACGCGCCCACGCACUGCUCGCUAAGCAAGACCUGAUCGGCUCUAAUCCCGCUUGCCGCUAUCUCGCCGCUCACUGUUUGAUCCGUCAGAACCACUUCACCGACGCGCUGUCGCUGCUCGGCGAGCACUCCCCAACCCAUCUCUUCACCGCCAACGCCAAGCGGAAGACGGCACGGAGCAAUGGCCGGCACGGGCUCUCGAGGCUGGGCUCCAAGGCCUCCGACCCCCUGGAUCAUGGCGGCGAUGCCUCGGCCGAGGAGGUGUCCAACCGCCGGUACGAGGCCGCCAUGUGCCACUUGCGCGGCCUCUGCUACUCCAAGCAGAACGCAUUCGACCGCGCCAAGGAGGCCUACAAGGACGCGCUGCGUAUCGACGUGCAGUGCUUCGAGGCCUUCAGCCAGCUGGUCAAGAACUCGCUCAUGUCCCCCGACGAGGAGGACGAGUUUAUGCAGUCGCUCGAGUUCAGCUCCAUCAAGGCCGCCGGCGACGACCCGGACAUGGAAGACGAGCCGGCCGACUACGUGCGCAUGAUCUACCAGACGCAGCUCUCAAAGUACCGCAACCCGCGUGCCUUCAACACGGCCAUCGAGUCUCUGUCCACACACUACGGCCUCGCCCAGAACGCCGACAUACUCCUGGCCCGCGCUGACCUGCUCUACACGCAGUGCCGGUUCAAGAACGCGCUUGCCAUCACCGACACCAUCCUCGAAGACGACAAGUACAACUUCGCCGUCUACCCGGUACACCUGGCCUGCCUAUACGAACUGCGCAAGACCAAUUUACUCUUUCUCAUUGCCCACGAGCUGGCCGACACGCACCCGGACGAGCCGUGCACGUGGCUCGCCGUCGGCAUCUACUACUUUGUGACGGGCAAGAUUGCUGACGCCCGGCGCUUCUUUAGCAAAGCCAGCAUGAUGGACGCCAACUUUGGCCCCGCGUGGAUCGGCUUUGCCCACACCUUUGCGGCCGAGGGCGAGCACGACCAGGCUGUCACGGCCUACUCCACGGCCGCGCGGCUGUUCACCGGGACUCACCUGCCCCAGGUCUUCCUAGGAAUGCAAAACCACGCAAUGAACAACAUGACGGCGGCCGAGGAAUUCCUCCGGACAGCCUACCAGCUCUGUAAGACGGACCCGCUGCUGCUCAACGAGAUGGGCAUCGUCUUCUACCACCAGGAGCGCCUCAAGGAGGCGACCCAGAUGUUCAGGCAGGCGCUCCUCAUUGCCGACGAGAUGGACAGCGACCCGCUCGCCUGGCUCGGCGCCCGCAUCAACCUCGGCCACGCAUACCGCCGCAUGCGCAUGCACGACGAGGCCCUCGACGAGUUCGACCAGGUGCUCCGCGACGGCGGCAAAGACGCCGCCGUCUUCUGCGCAAAGGGCCUUAUCUUCCUCGACAAGGGCCUCGCCGACGAGGCCGUCCGCGUCCUCCACGAGGCCCUGGCCAUCCACUCCCAGGACCCCAUCGCCACCGAGCUCCUCAACAAGGCCCUCGACGAAUCGGCCGGCGCCGACCUCGCCCUGCUGCCCGUCAACGGCGGCGACGACUUCGCCGACAUCGACCGCUUCGAGCAGGAGCUCGAAGAGCGCAAGUUCGCCGCAAAAUCGCGCCUCGAGUCGAAGACCCGCGCCGCCGCCGCCGCCGCCGGCAGGAGCGGCAAGGGCAAGGCCGCCGACUCGCGACGAAGACAAGGGCGGUGGCGGCGGCGGCGGCAGUCUUAUGGAAAUGAGCGACGACGAAUAGGAACGGGGGCGUUUUUUUUUUAACGUGACGAAGUAUUUCUUUCCUCCCUCGUAAUGUCUUUCCCAAUUAGAAGUUUUUUAGGAGGGGUUUUUUUAUCAUUCAUUUUUCGUUUUUGUCUUUUUUGCAUUCCAUGGAAAGACAAACAGGGGUUUAAGGGUUUUCGAUAUAUAUAGUAUAUAUACCCAUGUGCGCGCGCGUGUGUGCGUUCUCCUUCUCACGUUUUGGGUGUCGAAAACAUAGCGGGCUUUCUUUACAAGUUUCAAAUGAGAAAAGGGGGUUAAUAAGGGGGCGAGUGAAAAAGACGGGGGGGUAGGAUUAGGCUAGA